CAGAAUGUGUGACUCCCCACUUUAAGUAUAGCUCAGUCUUCACGAGGCUGACGUAGUUGAAACACAUGCGCAGAGAGGACAGCGCACUUCCGCCUUAUUUACCCCGGGACGGAGGAAAGAUGACGGCUACUUUGCGUCCAUACCUGAAUGCUGUGCGUGCCACUUUGCAGGCUGCGCUGUGCCUGGAAAACUUCUCAUCUCAGGUGGUGGAGCGACACAACAAGCCAGAGGUGGAAGUCAGAAGUAGUAAGGAGCUCCUUCUGCAGCCUGUGAUAAUCAGUAGGAAUGAGAAGGAGAAGGUGUUGAUUGAAGGCUCUAUCAACUCUGUCCGUGUCAGUAUUGCAGUAAAGCAGGCCGAUGAGAUUGAGAAGAUUUUGUGUCACAAAUUCAUGCGUUUCAUGAUGAUGAGAGCAGAGAAUUUCUUCAUUCUUCGCAGAAAACCAGUUGAGGGCUAUGACAUCAGCUUCCUAAUAACCAAUUUCCACACGGAGCAGAUGUACAAACACAAAUUGGUGGACUUUGUAAUCCACUUUAUGGAAGAAAUUGACAAGGAGAUAAGUGAGAUGAAACUAUCUGUGAAUGCCAGGGCCAGAAUAGUGGCAGAGGAGUUCCUGAAAAACAUGGAGUCACCCCCGGAGAUGCCAAAUGGAAAUGGCGAGGAGAGAGAGGGGCAGCCAAAGUCAGAAGGGGAUCCCAGUGUACAGAGAGUGGGCACAAGUCGCGGUAACACCAGCAAAAAAACAAACACCACAGUUGCAGCACCUUUGAAUGAGACCAAACCUCGCCGAAACAACGUCACCUUCCCACUGAUCAAUACUGAACGGUUGAAGAAUGCUAGGCAUUUGGCAGAAGUGGCCAUUAAGAAUAAGAAGAUUUUUACUAUUCAUGGUCCGUACCCAGUAAUCCGUGCCUCCUUGCUUGCCCGUGGUUGGGUGGAGAAGAGAGUUCCGAAGAUACAGAACAUGGGAUUGCAUCGGGAUCGCCACAGUGAUGAGGAGGAUGACAAUGGUGAUGACAGCGAUGAUUCUGAUGACAUGUGUGACCAAGAGAAGGAAAACGAUGAGCCUGAUGGCAUGGGUGAUGUUGUGUCUCGUCUGGUCCGAAAUGAGGUGCCCUCUUUCUUUUGGACAACCCGGAGAGACUCGAUUGAUUGCCGCAUGCUGCGGAAGGAUCAGAUGACCAAUCACUACGCUCGUGCAGGAAGCUUCACCACUAAGGUAGGCCUGUGCAUGAACCUCCGCAACUUGUACUGGUUUGACGAGGCUAACCCUGACACAUUCUUCCCUCGCUGCUACCGACUGGGUGCGCUGGAUGAUAAACAAGCAUUUAUUGAGGAUUUUCAGCUCACUGCCUGCACCAGUCUUCUCAAGUGGGUAGAGGAAAGAAGCAGGGAGACCCCUCAGGAUGAACAACAAGGACUUAACAGUAAUCUACAGAAAAAAGCCUCAAGGAAGCCUUUCAGGCCACGAAUUACCUCUGCACUAACCAAUCAGCUGGUCGAGACGGCGCUGAAGGUGUGCCAGGAGUACCUCAGCAGCCUGGACCAUUAUGACAUCGACAUCUCUUCUGAAAUUCCUCCUACGAUGACCAAGUUGCAGUGGGAGGAGUUCUUGGGCAGAUACUAUCAAGUUGUCCAUGACGGUGUGCCCAUAGACAGCUGUUACGUAUACACUGAGAAAUGCAAGUCCGUCUUGGAGAAGCUCCAGGAUGUCUGCCCACAACUGAACAUUGAAGGCAUUCAUAAUAUCUGGAUUGUGAAACCUGGUGCCAAGUCACGGGGACGAGGAAUCAUUUGUAUGAAUCGGCUGGAUGAGAUCCUCAAGCUGGUAAACAGUGAUCCUACCAUAAUCAAAGACAGCAAGUGGGUGGUGCAGAAGUACCUGGAGCGGCCUCUGCUAAUCUAUGACACCAAGUUUGAUGUGCGUCAGUGGUUCCUUGUGACAGACUGGAACCCCCUCACCAUCUGGUUCUACAAGCAGUGCUACCUCAGGUUUUCAACGCAGCCCUUCUCCCUGGACAACCUAGAUAGCUCAGUUCAUUUGUGUAACAACUCCAUCCAGAAACACUAUGAAAGAUCACAAAACCGACACCCACAGGUACCAGAAGAUAACAUGUGGUCAUGUACCGAGUUCCAGAAGUACCUCUCCAGCCAGGGUAAAGGAGGACUAUGGGAGAAAGUGGCCAUUCCCAAGAUGAAACGAGCGAUAAUUCAUGCCAUGCAGUCUUCCCAGGACUUAGUUGAGUCAAGAAAAAAUAGUUUUGAGCUUUAUGGAGCAGACUUCAUGUAUGGCCCAGAUCUACAUCCUUGGCUUAUAGAAAUCAAUGCUAGCCCCACAAUGGCCCCUUCCACUACAGUGACUACUAGGAUGUGUGCUGCCGUUCAGGAAGAUACCCUGCGAGUCGUUAUUGACAGAAAGGUGGACCGAAAUUGUGAUGUUGGGGGAUUUGAGCUCAUAUAUAGGCAGCUGCCAGUAGAUGUACCACAGUACAUUGGCAUCAACUUGCUUGUUGAGGGAGCCCCAAUCAAGAGGCCCCGUCCGCCUAUGCCGAAAAACACCACCGUUAAAACCUUGGGAGACUCCACUCUUCAACAGCACCAGGACACCAAUGCCAAAAUAGGCACCCUUACGUCAAGAAAGGCUCUGGAGUUGCAAUCUGCUGUUUCUCCUGCCCCACUCAAAACUGCCAUCAUCAGCAAGACUGAAAGGCUCCAUAACGGUCUGUCAGACAAAGAAAAUCAGCAGACGUGCAGGGCAAAGGGGACAGCCAAGAGAAAAGACUCGACCAUUCUGCGUUCGAUUACUGGGCGACACACUAUAAGUAGGCAGAAGUCAUUCACCGCCAGGGGUCACAAAAUCUACCAUUUUUCAGACAGUGAGAGGCGUACUGCCCAGUCCACAGCAGCCUCAAAUGAGAAGGGGUCCAGAUGCAUUGGCCUCAGAUUUACAAGCUUUGAAACUCUGGACCACAAGACAAUAAAGCAACCCCGAGUAGUCUCAUCUGUGGAUUUCAGCUCAUGGAAGUCUGCUCCCAAGUCUCAUCGCCAUCCUUUCCUCUAUAGUAAGCGUCGCCUACCUGCCUUAGGCUCCAGUACACCCAGCUUAGAAAUAAUCAGCCUCCAGCCACAUAUCAGUUCCAUAAGCUACACAAGUUGGCAGAAGGCUGAUCCCUUCCCACAGCGAGUUUCACAGGGUCACGAAGCCUUAGGCGCCAAACGGCAGCUGAUUGCGGCAGAGGCUUUAUCUAGGUGUGUAAAAUAAAAAAUCAGUCCCGCAUUUAUGUUUCUGGCCACCUUUGAUUGUAGGUAUCUGUACGUCUACUGCUUUCUGUGGCCAGCACCAGAUCCGUAAAUGGCUAUAAAAACAUGUGAAUUAGACGUUAUUGCAGCUAAUUUACAGGCAUUCAUUUUUCCCUUCAUAAUAACUUACUGUUGCCAAUAGAGGUCACCAGAAAUGUAGGCAACAAACCUUCUGGACAGGAACUGCACCUUAAUAAAAACUCAACAUAAACACGGAAGACAAGGAUGAAGUAUCUUAAGAAAAGAUGAAUCAUGUGCUGUUGAUCACAUUUCUGCAAGAAGCAGAAGAAAAACUUGAAAAGUAUUGAUCAGGUUGAAAAAUAACAAUUAACUAUGAGAACAGCUUUUUAUGGGAUCUAAACAGGCAGAUGUUGUUAAUAUCCAGCAUGUGACUCUACCAUGAAUGUGUCUAUAAACUGUGUCAACCUAAAUAUGGCUCCAUUAACAACUGCAAAAAAGAACAACUGUAUUUUCAGAAAGUGACGGGAUGAGCUUUUUCACAGUAACCCAAAAUAAGCUGAAAAAGACCAGAGGGGAAAAAAAUGUAGUGGGAAAUAAAACAAUACUGUGGCCCAAAGCAACCUGUGCAUUUCCACAAGUUAUGGAAAAAUCAAUCAUUGAAUAUUGGAGAAAAUUCAAGUUUUUGUAGCUGGUGCUUUUUUUUUUUUAAAUUC